CAAGGCGAGGUCGGCGUAAGAGGUUCCUGGCGGCUCUCCUCCGGUGACACCCGAUGGGCCCCACCUUAAGCUACCUGCCGUUAGACACGCGGACCGUGGACUGCAAACGGACUCGAUCUACUGUACUCCCUGGAAAAUGAUCACUACAACGUGCCAAUCGUUCACCCAUUCCUAAGAAGGGAAGUUUCUCCGCAAACGAUCUGGAUACAUUUUCAUGUUUACUGGAGAUUACACCCAGAAUCCAACAUGAGUAAUAUAUAUGAGUCUGCCGCCACCACCCUGGACCUGUUCAACACGCCAUGCCUUGCCAAGGUGGAGCUGCGUGUGGCAUGCAAGGGCAUCUCCGACCGGGACGCCCUGUCCAAGCCAGACCCCUGCGUGGUGCUCAAGAUGCAGUCCCACGGCCAGUGGUUCGAGGUGGACCGCACAGAGGUGAUCCGAAGCAGCAUCAACCCGGUCUUCUCGAAGGUGUUCACCGUGGACUUCUACUUCGAGGAGGUCCAGAGGCUGCGCUUUGAGCUGCACGACAUCAGCAGCCACAACGGACUCAAAGAUGCAGACUUCCUGGGUGCCAUGGAGUGUACUCUCGGACAGAUUGUGUCCCAGAGAAAGCUGUCCAAAGCUCUACUGAAGCAGGGAAACACGUCAGGCAAAUCCUCCAUCACGGUCACAGCAGAAGAGCUCUCUGGGAACAAUGAUUAUGUAGAGUUGGCUUUUAGUGCCCGCAAACUCGACGACAAGGAUUUCUUCAGCAAAUCAGACCCGUUUCUGGAAAUCUUCAGAAUAAAUGAUGAUGGCACAGGGUCAAUUGUACACAGAACUGAGACGAUCAUGAAUAACUUAAGUCCCGUCUGGAAAUCCUUUAAAGUCUCCCUCAAUACACUCUGCAGCGGAGACGAGGACCGCCAGCUCAAGUGUACCGUGUUUGACUGGGACUCCAAUGGGAAACAUGACUUCAUCGGAGAGUUCCAGACCACUUUCAGAGAGAUGAAAGGCGAAAUGGAUGGACGACAGAUGAUGUGGGACUGCAUCAACCCUAAAUACCAGACGAAGAAGAAGAACUACAGGAACUCUGGAGUAGUCACCAUCAAUCUGUGCAAGAUCAUAAAGAUGCACUCCUUCCUGGACUACAUCAUGGGGGGUUGUCAGAUCCAGUUCACUGUGGCGAUUGACUUCACAGCGUCUAAUGGAGACCCGCGGAACAGCUGUUCCCUCCACUACAUCCACCCCUACCAGCCCAACGAGUACCUCAAGGCUCUGGUGGCCGUCGGGGAGAUCUGCCAGGACUAUGACAGUGAUAAGAUGUUUCCCGUUUAUGGGUUUGGAGCGCAGAUACCUCCUGACUUCAAGGUGACACAUGACUUUGCUGUGAACUUCGAUGAAGACAACCCAGAAUGUGCAGGCAUUCAGGGUGUGUUAGAGGCCUAUCAGAACUGUCUCCCCAAAAUUCAGCUGUACGGCCCCACCAACAUCGCCCCCAUCAUCCAGAAGGUGGCCAACGCCGCCUCAGAGGAGAUGCACACGAAAGAGGCCAUGGAGUACUUCAUUCUGCUCAUCCUGACGGACGGCGUGAUCACAGACAUGGCCGACACACGGGAGGCCAUAGUCCACGCCUCUCACCUGCCCAUGUCCGUCAUCAUCGUCGGCAUCGGCAACGCGGACUUCAGUGACAUGCAGAUGCUGGACGGGGACGACGGCAUCCUGCGCUCCCCCAAAGGAGAGCCCUGCCUCAGGGACAUUGUCCAGUUUGUCCCCUUCCACAACUUCAAACACGCCUCUCCUGCUGCUCUUGCCAAGAGUGUACUGGCAGAGGUUCCCAACCAGGUGGUGGACUACUACAAUGGCAAGGGCAUAAAGCCCAAAUGCAUGUCCGACUACGAGUCUUCCAGGGCCUUCAGCCCCUGAGCGCCGCAUCUCUUUCAUCAGAGCUCUUCAGCUGACAGCAGUGAGCUACAGACAUUAGAGGUGUUUCACAGUUAAAGUCCGGAGUCGACCUUUCCACCACAUUCUUUAGCAUCCAGUGCCAUGUCAACACAAGAACCUUAAGUUCUCAGUUCUGCUUUAACCAAGAUAUGUUGUCCGUUAACAAAAUCUAAAAAAAAAAACAAUAAUGUGUUUGUAUGAAAUCGUAGCCAAUGACCUAGCCACUGAAUAGUUAUCAGUUGUCCCAUAGUUCCCACUUAUGAACUGUUUCUGUGUUUCUUUACAUUUGUUUCGCAUGUGUAGCUAAGUCAGACAGGCAGCGGUUCUAUACCUAUAUCCAUUUGUAAAUAGUUAAGUUGCAUGCCAAGUAUAAGAGGGAGAGGUUCUAAAACUCUAAAUACGUCUGACUCGUAGGAGUGCAACAUAGAAUAUAAAUAUUUAGAGGAGAUACCGUUUGUGUUUCUUUUGUAUAACUUUGUCCAAAAUCUUUUGCUAUAUUUCUUACAUAUUCUUACAAUGUAAAGGGACCAUGAUAUACUGUAUGCAGGAAUGUAGUAUUGCUAUCAGUUUGUAGAAGACUCUAUGUCUGAGUCUUAAACAAGCAUGUCUCUGUGUGUGUGUGUGUGUGUGUGUGUGUGUGUGUGUGUGUGUGUGUGUGUGUGUGUGUGUGUGUGUGUGUGUGUGUGUGAAUGUGUGCCACAUAUGUAUAACAG